AUGAUGGGACGAGUUCCUUAUGCCAUUCGACGACAUAAUAGAGCUAUGAUUUCAGCCACAGCGGGAAAAUGUGGUGGGGCUGGAUCCAGUGGAGAUGUUUCUUUCUAUUGCCAUCCAGAUAUGCAUAUUUCCGUGUUCAUACAUGAAUCAGCACACUCCGCAGAUCGUGGUACAUCAGCAACACAAGUUUGGCGCUCUGCUGUUCAGAAUGAUGAGUGUGUACCUGACCCCUAUGGUAAUUCCAACUUCGCCGAUAAUUUUGCUCAGGUGGCUGUUCUUUGGACCCAUUUGGUCGGACAAAGACAACACAACAAUUUAGGAGGAGGUCAGUUUAGCUGUAUGAGAAACCAAUUGGAGCAGAUAAGUAAAGCAUUAGCUGCCUGGCGUAUUCAAGCUCCACGGAACACUCUUCAACCAGGUCAACAACUCGAGCAGGAUGAAGCACUAACAUCUCCAAACGGUGCCUACCGUUUGGUACUGCAAACUGAUGGAAAUCUCGUGCUCUACGUUUCUGACAAUACCGUGCCCGCCAAUUCUCUCUGGACGACAGGUUCGUUCAGAAGAGGUCCUCAUCGCUUUGAAGUACAGCCUGAUGGCAACUUGGUCAUCUACGAUGGCAGCAACCAAGCUAGCUGGGCCUCAAACACACGUAGACAAAACGCUGAUCGUGGCCGUUUGGCAUUGCAGGAUGAUGGCAAUUUAGUUUUCUAUGAUAAUAAUAACCAACCAAUUUGGGCUACGAACACCUGUUGUUUUAUUGCUCCACGCCAAUAG